AUGGGAAACAAGUCCGUUUCCUCGCGCGUCAAGGGCCCGCCUCCCAUCGCCUUGACACAGAUACCCCCAAUGCCCCCUCCGUGUUCAACUCAAGAGCACAUCGGAGGGGAAGCGUCCGACAUGGACUCGACAAAGACCAGCAAGACACUUGUCCCCACCAAGACAAAUAAAUAUAAUGCCCAGCUCACAUACGGAGAAAAGAUCAUCCGAAGAAACAUGGAAACCUGGACGGCUUUCAGCAAGCCCAAACACUUUGCCCAGAGGCGGGCGGACUUUGCCAACUCGACCCAGUGGUUUCGCGGCCUGCAGACCGGGUACUGGAGCACCAACUCCGGCGAUCCCAGGAACGGAAAGGAAGCAAACGGGCACGAGAAGAAAUACUGCACCGGCCUGUACAUCGCCGGCUGCCCUCCUGUCGGACGAUACCUCGACUCCGAGGUCAUCAUCACGUCCAUCAACGGCCCAGACAACACCGACAGGCACAUUGCCGACCGGAAGAGAGAGGCAGCACACAACCUGGUGGAACGUGUCCCGGUCGGCGUCGCGGUGAGCAGAGACGCCUGGAAGCCGGACGCGAAUGGUGUGAGGACAUUUCCGUGCCCCAUCCCCGAGGGCCUCGACUGCGUUGCUCUCGCGUGGUUCCUCGUUACCCACAUGUGGCCCAAGCCGGCUGUGAACGAGAAUGGCAUCACCAAGGACGUGUGGAUGGUCAGGCUGGAGAAGAUCGACCUGUCCGAGCGGAGCUGGUGGUCGAAUGCCGCCCACGGUGCGCUGCCGUACCCGAGCCUGGAGGAGCGAGACUUCAAGACCAAGGCCGCGGAGGAGGCCUGUGGAACUUGCGGACAGAUCUCGUUCAGGCUUUUCAAGUCACACUUCGUGUGUUUGAAUGGAGACUGUGAAAAGUGGUUCCGCGUGAACGGCGAACUCGUCGAAAACCGGCCAGACAACAUCGUCUAUAACGACGACUUCUUGGGAGAACGCUUUGACAGGCUUGAUGAUGCCUUGGUGGUCCAGCCACUGGAGGAGACCUACCCCAACCUUUACCCAACCUUCGACCAGUUCAUCGCGAAGAACUACCCCGAUUCUCAGGGAUCAGAGUCAUCCGUCACUGCCGCGAACCUUGCAGCGAGGAAUGAGGCCCUGCUCACCGGCUUCUCAUGCCCAAAAUGCGGACUGGCCAACUCGAGGGUCCAGUACCACGGCUGGUACUGCCGCAACACUGACUGCGGGGACGCGGAGGGCAAAGUCAACCCCUUCAGCUACCACGCCCCGCCGCCCAUGGUGACGCCGGCGCUGCUGGAUGCCGAGCGACAGCAGACAAAGGCCAAAGCCGACAAGCCCCUAGAUACACUGCUCGGAUACCAAGGCGCGAGGGACCUCGAGUCGCACGUCGCCCACGAGCUCGACUUCGGAGGGGGCUGCCGGGCCACCAUCUUCCGGCCCAAGCCGGGCAGCGAGGCCGUCGCCAGGGCGGACAGGCUUUUCAGAGAGGUCCAGGAGGAUGCUGCCUCGGGCGCGCUGGGUCUCGCUCGGCGGUCCGUGACGGCCAAUGGGGGCAUGAACCUGACGAACCACUUUGUCGAGAACUAUGGCGAGCGCUAUAACCUGCCCUUUGCGCUGAGUGACAUACCUUUGAACGAGGCACCUGGUGUCGUCAGGGAUGCCCUCAUGACCGCGAAUGGAUACAUGAGGGAGUACUUUGGGGAUGACAACGACGAGUGCGAGUUCAACGAGAUUUACAUCGCGGCGUACCUGUCGAAGAAGAUGGGGAUGAGCUUCCACGACGAUGGGGAGACUGGCUUGGGCAGCAUCAUCGGCACCUGGACCCUCGGCGGACGAGCAACCUUCAAGUUCUGCAUCAAGCCCCAGUUCGACUACGGCCGGUCCAAGAAGGACGGGGUCUGGAUGAAGCCCCAGGGCGGCCAGGUCGACCCCGUCCCCACGGGCUGCACCGAGGAGGCCUUCAGGACCGAGCUGAGGGCCGCGUUCGAGCGCGGGGAGAUCAGCGCGGGGGAGUGGACCGCGCGGCUGCAGGAGCACAUGGACGCGCACAUGGCGGAGCCCCAGAACAAGAGGUCCUACGCCAAGAGGACGCUGCUCUCCUUCACGGUCGAGCACGGUGACGUCGUCAUCAUGUGGGGCCCCAACACGCAGCGGCACAUGGAGCACGCGGUGGACUGCCGGAGCCCGAUGCGGUUCGCCGUCACGCUGCGGCGCGUGACCAAGGACAUGGGCACGCCUGAGCAGUGGGCCCGGCUGGACGCCCGGCUGGAGAGCGACAAGGCGUUUACGCCGUCUUGGGCUGAGGCGGCCAAGAAGAGGAAGGCUGGGGAUGAAGAUGAGGGUGAGGGCCAGCCAACUAGGGCGAAGAGGGCGAAGGCGAAGUAA